AUGUCGGAUGACGAGGAGUAUUACGAAUGGGAGGAAGACUACCUUUUCGAGGACCCUGUACCUGAUCUAGUGGAUGAACUCGCCGCAAGCUCCUAUUACGAAGCGGCUUUGUACGACGACCCUGCCUACGACUUCGAAGAGUAUUUCAGCGACUGGGAAUAUUACUCAGACGACUACUACGAUGACGACCCUACUGUCAAGAAGAGCACCCUUCGCGCAAAGUCAGAACCGACCCAAUUUUCCCGCGGCCACCCAGGUCCUCGUGUCUCUAGAAAAUUACCUAAACAAACGUCGCGCUUGAACAUAGACACGGCAUCCUUUCAGGGCGUGGUCUGGCGAACAAAAAACUUGGAGAAAGACCAGGAUGUCGAAGUCCAGAUCUAUCAACCUGGUAAUGGGGACAAGGUCGCUCUCCUCAAGAACUGGCGGGAGAUCUUCAAGUCCGCUCAGCCGUCGUUGAACAAGUCAAGACUACGGAAACGAAAGGCCCGUGGGUCGCUGGGGACGAACUCAUCCGACGCCGAUGCCUCAGACGCCGAUGAUGGAAACCUCCAAGGUGAGGGCUACCAGAUGGAGAGUUCAGACGAGAUGUCAGACGUCUUGUCAACGGAUCAUGUAGACAGUAUGGACGCUGGAGGUGCUUCAAAUACUACACCGGAGCAAAUUCAGUCCACAGACGAACUAGACGGAGCAAAGGAAGUGAGCUCUGCAAAGAGAGGGCGCAAGCGAAAGGCCGAGGUCGUUUCUCCCGACCCGAAGAAGAGUAAUCCAGCCGGUAACUCGACGCGCAGUCGGUCGAAAAGGGUGGCGCUCGAGUCAGAUAUCAAGGACUCUGGGAGGCCGGUUGCUUCAUCUGGCGCUGUGCGUCGAUCUGCUAGGUCAAAGAAGUAG